AUGAAGUUCAACUUGUUCAGAAGGCCACAGGCUGUGGCAGCCGAAGAGCCCACCGGUGCCACCACUGUGACCAUGGCUCCCACCCCAGCUGUCAUGUCCACUGUGGUAGACACCAGCUCCAGCUCCAACAAUACAGAAAUCAGCAAGAAUGACAUGUUUGAGGAAAUCAAGAGCAAAUUCUUGAAUGAAAUUGACAAAAUCCCAUUGCCUCCAUGGGCUCUAAUUGCUAUCGCUGUGGUGGCCGCUUUGCUCAUCCUUACCUGCUGCUUCUGUAUAAUCAAAAAAUGCUGCUGUAAGAAGAAGAAGAACAAGAAGGGGAAGAAGGGCAAGGAUGGCUUCAACAUGAAGAACAUGCAGGGUGGCGAGAUACACCAGGAUGAUGAUGACGACGAGGAGGGAGAGACUGGACUGACGGAGGAGGAGAAAGAGGAAGAGGAGAAAGAACAAGAGAAACUUGGGAAACUGCAAUACUCCAUAGAUUAUGACUUUGAGAAUACAAAGCUCACAGUUGGUAUCCUUCAAGCUGCGGACCUCAUGUCCAUGGACUCAGGUGGAACCUCCGAUCCUUACGUUAAAGUCUCGCUCCACCCUGACAAGAAGAAGAAGCAUGACACCAAAGUCCACAAGAAAACACUGAACCCUGUCUUUAAUGAGACAUUUGUAUUCAAGGUGCCCUACGAGGAGCUUGGUGGAAAGACGCUGGUGAUGUCUGUUUAUGACUACGACCGAUUUUCCAAACAUGACGUCAUUGGGGAGGUGAAGAUUCCCAUGAACACCAUCGACCUCGGACGACCGAUUGAGGAGUGGAAGGAUCUGGACAGCGCCGAUCAAGAGGAGCCUGAGAAACUUGGAGACAUCUGCAUCUCCCUCCGUUAUGUCCCUACUGCCGGGAAACUCACUGUCUGUAUCCUGGAGGCAAAGAACCUGAAGAAGAUGGAUGCCUGUGGAUUAUCUGAUCCCUAUGUAAAGAUCCAGCUGCUGCAGGGCGGUAAGCGUCUGAAGAAGAAGAAGACUACUGUGAAGAAAAACACCCUAAAUCCAUACUAUAACGAAUCCUUCAGCUUUGAAAUUCCCCUGGAACAGAUGCAGAAAAUCUUGGUGGCAGUUACAGUGUUUGAUUAUGACAAGAUCGGUAAGAACGAUGCCAUCGGAAAGAUCUUCGUGGGUAGCAAGGCGAGUGGUUUAGGUCUGAAGCAUUGGUCUGACAUGCUGGCUAAUCCACGCCGUCCCAUCGCCCAGUGGCAUCCAUUGCAGCCAGAGGAGGAUAUCGAUGGUCAGCUGGCAUCCUUGAAUGCAAAGAAGUAA